UCACAACCUCAGUUAAAACCAAACCACUCACACUAUAAAACCACACUUCACACCUCUCUCUCUUCCCAAACUCUUGUUCUUCUCCCAAACUUCCUUUGACCACUGUCCACCAACACACACACUCUCUCUCAACUCUCUUUGCUUUCUCUACCAAACCAAAAAACGAUAUUGACACUGCAAAAAGAUAGCAUAUAUCAAAAGGGGUUGUUGUUUCAGAUCUCCUUCAUUCAAUGUAAAGAAAAAAGUCACAACAUGAAACACCUCACAAGGCCUAGAUCUCCUUGUUCAUGGCAUUGAGACUCUGGUUACUCUAAAAAUCCCAUUUUGAUUCCACCCUUUUGUUUUUUCUCACUUCAGAACCUGUGUUUCAUAGUUUGGCGGUGUUUGUUUGUUUGUGACUUGUUCUAAUGGCUGAAGCUGCUGAGCCUAAUAAAGCAUUGCCUGAGGCAGAGAAGAAGAAGGAGCAGACACUACCCUUUUACAAGCUCUUCUCAUUUGCAGACAAGUGUGAUUGGAUGCUCAUGAUCUCUGGCAGCAUAGGAGCUAUUAUUCAUGGCUCAUCCAUGCCGGUUUUCUUCCUCCUCUUUGGUGAAAUGGUUAAUGGCUUUGGCAAAAACCAAAUGAACUUGAAGAAAAUGACAGAAGAAGUAUCAAAGUAUGCUCUCUAUUUCGUGUACCUUGGCCUUGUCGUUUGCAUAUCAUCCUAUGCAGAAAUUGCAUGCUGGAUGUACACUGGGGAGAGGCAAGUGAGCACACUGAGAAAGAAGUACUUGGAGGCAGUGCUUAAACAAGACGUUGGUUUCUUUGACACGGAUGCAAGAACAGGAGAUAUUGUUUUCAGUGUUUCCACAGAUACUCUUCUAGUUCAAGACGCUAUAAGCGAGAAGGUGGGGAACUUCAUACACUAUCUAUCAACGUUUCUGGCUGGUCUAGUGGUUGGUUUUGUUUCAGCAUGGAGGCUUGCACUUCUGAGUGUUGCAGUGAUUCCUGGGAUUGCCUUUGCUGGUGGAUUGUAUGCUUACACACUCACUGGCCUCACAUCGAAGAGUCGAGAAUCUUAUGCGAAUGCUGGCAUCAUCGCCGAGCAGGCAAUUGCUCAAGUUAGAACAGUUUACUCUUAUGUUGGUGAGAGCAAGGCAUUGAAUUCUUAUUCCGAUGCAAUACAAAACACAUUGAAGCUUGGAUACAAGGCAGGGAUGGCCAAAGGUUUAGGCCUGGGAUGCACAUAUGGAAUAGCUUGCAUGUCUUGGGCACUAGUUUUCUGGUAUGCUGGAGUUUUCAUCAGAAAUGGACAAACAGAUGGUGGCAAGGCGUUCACCGCUAUUUUCUCGGCCAUUGUUGGUGGCAUGAGUUUGGGACAGUCAUUUUCGAACUUAGGCGCUUUCAGCAAAGGCAAAGCUGCUGGAUACAAAUUGAUGGAAAUCAUCAAUCAGAAACCAACCAUAGUGGAAGAUCCAUCGGAAGGAAAGUGCUUAGCUGAGGUUAAUGGCAACAUUGAAUUUAAGGAUGUCACUUUCAGCUACCCUUCGAGGCCGGAUAUGUUUAUCUUUCGCAAUUUCUCAAUCUUUUUCCCUGCUGGUAAAACUGUUGCAGUUGUUGGUGGUAGUGGAUCUGGAAAAAGCACAGUUGUUUCCUUGAUAGAAAGGUUCUACGAUCCAAAUGAAGGUCAGGUUCUGCUGGAUAAUGUGGACAUUAAGACACUACAACUAAAAUGGUUACGUGAUCAAAUUGGGUUGGUGAAUCAAGAACCUGCACUCUUUGCAACUACCAUUCUUGAGAAUAUACUCUAUGGAAAACCUGAUGCAACAAUGGCUGAAGUGGAGGCUGCUACUUCUGCUGCAAAUGCUCAUAGCUUUAUUACCUUACUUCCUAAUGGCUAUAACACUCAGGUAGGAGAGCGAGGAGUUCAAUUAUCUGGGGGCCAAAAGCAGAGAAUUGCUAUUGCUAGAGCUAUGUUGAAAAAUCCAAAAAUCCUUCUAUUAGAUGAAGCUACUAGUGCUCUUGAUGCAGGGUCUGAAAACAUUGUUCAAGAGGCACUAGACAGGCUCAUGGUUGGAAGAACAACCGUGGUUGUUGCACAUCGUCUAUCAACCAUAAGGAAUGUUGAUACCAUUGCAGUUAUACAACAAGGCCAAGUUGUUGAGACAGGCGCACAUGAAGAACUCAUUGCCAAGGCAGGCACCUAUGCCUCACUCAUUCGGUUCCAAGAAAUGGUUGGAAAUAGGGACUUCUCCAACCCAUCAACUCGCCGGACACGGUCAUCUCGCUUGAGCCAUUCAUUGUCAACCAAGUCCUUAAGCCUCCGGUCUGGAAGCUUGAGGAACUUGAGCUACCAGUAUAGCACCGGAGCCGAUGGCCGCAUUGAGAUGAUAUCAAAUGCUGAAACAGACAAGAAAAAUCCUGCCCCAGAUGGAUAUUUCUUCAGGUUGCUCAAGAUGAAUGCUCCUGAAUGGCCUUACUCAAUCAUGGGAGCUGUUGGUUCUGUUCUUUCUGGAUUCAUUGGCCCAACUUUUGCUAUUGUUAUGAGCAACAUGAUUGAGGUCUUUUACUUCAGUAAUUAUGCAUCCAUGGAGAGGAAGACUAAGGAGUAUGUCUUCAUUUACAUUGGUGCUGGUCUCUAUGCUGUUGGUGCAUACUUGAUACAACAUUACUUCUUUAGUAUCAUGGGAGAAAACCUCACCACAAGGGUCAGAAGAAUGAUGCUUGCCGCUAUUUUGAGGAAUGAAGUUGGAUGGUUCGAUGAGGAGGAGCACAACUCAAGCCUUGUUGCAGCUCGCCUUGCCACAGAUGCAGCUGAUGUCAAGUCUGCCAUUGCUGAGAGGAUAUCAGUGAUUCUACAGAACAUGACAUCUCUCCUUACUUCUUUCAUAGUUGCUUUCAUAGUUGAAUGGAGGGUUUCCUUGCUCAUCUUGGCAACUUUCCCUCUCCUUGUUCUAGCCAAUUUUGCUCAGCAACUAUCUCUAAAAGGGUUUGCUGGAGACACAGCCAAGGCUCAUGCAAAGACAAGUAUGAUAGCAGGAGAGGGAGUGAGCAACAUCAGAACAGUUGCAGCAUUCAAUGCUCAGAACAAGAUGUUAUCGGUGUUCUGCCACGAGCUCCGAGUGCCUCAGAGCCAGAGCCUGCGCCGGAGCCUGACAUCCGGCUUCUUGUUCGGUCUCUCUCAGCUUGCCCUCUAUGCCUCCGAGGCUCUCAUUCUAUGGUAUGGUGCACAUUUGGUCAGCAAAGGUGUUUCAACCUUCUCAAAGGUCAUCAAGGUGUUUGUGGUCCUAGUGAUCACUGCGAAUUCGGUGGCUGAAACCGUGAGCCUUGCACCGGAGAUUAUUCGCGGUGGCGAAGCUGUUGGUUCAGUGUUCUCAAUCCUCGAUCGAUCAACAAGAAUUGACCCUGAUGAUCCUGAUGCUGAUCCGGUUGAAUCGCUUCGCGGGGAAAUUGAGCUCAGACAUGUUGAUUUUGCAUACCCUUCUAGGCCUGAUGUGAUGGUGUUCAAGGAUUUUAACCUUAGGAUCCGUGCAGGCCAGAGUCAGGCUCUUGUGGGGGCAAGUGGUUCGGGGAAGAGUUCUGUUAUUGCAUUGAUUGAGAGAUUCUAUGACCCUAUUGCUGGAAAAGUGAUGGUGGAUGGAAAGGACAUUAGGAAGUUGAACUUGAAGUCUUUGAGGCUUAAAAUUGGGUUGGUGCAGCAAGAGCCAGCACUUUUUGCAGCAAGCAUUUUCGAGAACAUUGCAUAUGGGAAAGAAGGUGCAACCGAGGCUGAGGUGAUUGAGGCCGCGCGUGCUGCGAACGUGCACGGAUUUGUGAGUGGUUUGCCUGAAGGUUACAAGACACCGGUUGGCGAGAGAGGCGUGCAACUCUCUGGAGGGCAAAAGCAAAGGAUUGCCAUUGCAAGAGCCGUGCUUAAGGACCCCACAAUUCUUCUACUAGAUGAGGCCACAAGUGCACUUGAUGCUGAGUCCGAGUGUGUGCUACAAGAGGCCUUGGAGAGGCUAAUGAGGGGUCGCACCACGGUGCUCGUGGCUCAUCGUUUGUCAACCAUUAGAGGGGUUGAUUGCAUUGGUGUGGUUCAAGAUGGGCGCAUUGUGGAGCAAGGUAGCCAUUCUGAACUUGUCAGCAGGCAUGAGGGGGCAUAUUCUAGACUCUUGCAGCUACAACAUCAUCACAUAUGAGAAUAUGAGAGAAAGAGAUUAUUGUUUUUUUUGUAUUUGAUAAAUAUGACCUUGUGGGGGUGAUAAUUAUGUUUGGGUCCCAUUAACCUCAUGCUUUGGUUUUUCUUUUUUUCUUUCUUUUAGAUGUAGAUAUGUGGGAUAUGAGGUUUGUAGCUUGAGUUCAAAGUGAUCUAUUUCCAAUGGGGUAUCAAUUAUUAUAUUUAAUCACAUGCCAAUGGUGCAUAAGCCUGUCA